GAUUUGCCAAGGAAGCAUGCUUUGUCAGACAUAUCAGGGAAGGCUUGAUUGUAGCACAUGAUGAUCCUGGUAUUUCUUCAGUAGACAGAGCAAAGAUGCGAUUCAGAUUAAGGACAUACUUGAUGGAGGGUGUUAAUUUCCACAGAUUCCCACCCCCAGGAAGACACAUAGCAAGUGUAGGGUGUCCAUGGCAGCUAUGGGAAGACACGGUCACAAGCAUUGAUGCACAUAUGCUGUUGUAUCCACUCGUGCAACAAGGUACCUACAAUCAAAGGGCAUUCUCCAGCUUACUUUGUGAGCAGUUCUUCAGUGAAAUGACGGGGGAUGACAAAACAGGACAUCAAGGAACACUGACAGCCAGAGAACUGACACGUCACUUUGGAACUGUCUGUGAGAUGCUUGCAACAAGACUGGAUCCACAUAGGAAGUGGGAUAUGAGAACAAAGAAGUCAUCUGUAUAUCCAGUGGUGACCACUGAGCCCAGACAUGACUGUCCCUCGACCGAGAUGAACACAUGCCUGUCCCUGGACAAGAGGCACAUCAUUCGAAUCACACCGAGGAAUCAUGCAUUUGACCUGAUAAGAAGAAGAAAGAGCCAGCGAAAAGCUGGGCACAUAUCAGGCCCAAAUGAGCCAUCACGUGGUGCACGUGGGGUUCGGCAGCAUCACCGUGUUGAUGAGAGCAAAAUGCUGCCCUCAACAAGGGCAGGGAUUGGACUUUAAUCUAUUUAUGGUGGUUUUAAUGUAGUGUUAGAGGUAUGAAGUAAUACAUGGACAAUUUUUCUGGACUGUAGAAUUCUCUCCCUUGAUAUGAAAGGCAAUUGCAAUAAGCAAAGGAAAUCAUACAAUGUGCAAUUAAAAUAUUCAUGUAACUAUAUUUGCAGCAAAAAUCUACAUUCAUGGAGGUGCUUAUUGAAGAGAGUACUAGUACUAGUAUUUGUCAAUUUCAGUACUAUGCAGUGCACCUGAAAUCACACAUAUCAGAUGAAUACUAUACUUUUUCAGGUUGUCAUAUUUAC